UGCCCUAGUCUGAAAUGAGAGGAAUGACGAGGACUGAACCAUUCGGUUCAGAGAGGAUUGCUCUUGCUGUCAAGUCACUCUGGACUGACUAACUGGAUACGACCCAAUGUGGAUGAGAAUGAUACGGAGAGGAAUGCCUGCCUGGAUUUGGCGGCUGGCGGUGAUCCUGGUCCUCCUGUGCUGCACGGUGUCCUUGCUGUACAUGUUGGCCUGCACUCCAAAGGCAGAAGAUGGACAGCCUGUGUUGCCAAGGUCCAACAGUCCGACUGGGAAGGACAACAUCCAGGUGCUGCUCGAGGAGCACGAGGAGCAACACCGCAAUUACAUCAACAGCUUGAAGAAGCAGAUUGCACAGCUAAAGGAGGAGCUGCAGGAGAGAAGCGAGCAGCUCAAAGCCAUGCAAGGUCGCUAUGGAGAUUCGCUUGGCGUUAACUUUGACCAGAGCAGUCGGGCGAAAACUCAAGGGGACCUGUUGGAGUUCCUGCACUCUCAGAUAGACAAGGCAGAGGUCCAUUCUGGUGUCAAGUUGCCCACGGAAUAUGCAGUGGUACCGUUUGAGAGCUUCACUCUGCAGAAGGUGUACCAGCUGGAGAUGGGUUUGACGCGACAUCCUGAAGAGAAACCAGUCAGGAAGGACAAGCGGGAUGAGUUAGUGGAAGCUAUUGAAGUGGCUCUUGAGGCUUUGAACACCCCUGAAGAUGAAGGAGCAACAAAUCAACGCAUGCACGCCGCCGCUGACUUUGUUGAAGGUAUUUACCGCACAGAGAAGGACAAAGGUACCUUAUACGAGCUUACUUUCAAAGGAGACAAAGCCCGUGAAUUCAAACGCCUGGUUCUAUUCCGUCCAUUUGGUCCCAUCAUGAAGGUGACGAAGGAAAAAGUGGACACGUCCCAUGUACUAAUUAACAUCAUCGUGCCCCUGGCAAAGAGAGCUGAUAAAUUUCGACAAUUUAUGCAUAACUUCAGGGAGGUGUGCAUUCGGCAGGAUGGCAGAGUUCACCUCACGGUUGUUUACUUUGGGAAGGAGCAGAUGAAUGAAGUGAAAAGUGUCCUGGAAAAUAUUUCAAGAGAAGUGAACUACAAAAACUACACCUUUAUCCUGCUGGAGGAAGAUUUCUCCCGGGGCAAAGGCCUUGACGUGGGUGCUCGAGCAUGGAAAGGCAACAAUGUGCUGCUAUUUUUCUGCGAUGUGGACAUAUACUUCACAGCAGAGUUCCUCAACACGUGCAGGCUGAACGCCCAUCCAGGGAAAAAGGUUUUCUAUCCUGUUCUCUUCAGCCAAUAUAAUCCGGCCAUUAUAUAUGGUCACCAUGAUUCGAUUCCCUCUAUCGAGCAGCAACUGGUAAUUAAAAAAGAUUCAGGGUUCUGGAGGGAUUUUGGCUUUGGAAUGACUUGCCAAUAUCGAUCCGAUUUCGUCAAUAUAGGUGGUUUUGACUUGGACAUCAAAGGAUGGGGAGGGGAAGAUGUGCAUCUGUACCGCAAGUACCUGCACAGCGACCUGAUUGUGAUUCGGACACCGGUGCGUGGCCUGUUCCAUCUGUGGCACGAGAAGCGCUGUGUGGAUGAACUGACUCCAGAGCAGUACAGGAUGUGCAUGCAGUCCAAAGCCAUGAACGAGGCCUCGCACGCUCAGCUGGGGAUGCUGGUCUUCAGGCACGAGAUCGAGGCACAUCUGCGCAAACAGCGACACAAGACGAGUGUAAAGAAGACCUAAAGCAAAGCAGGCGCCGCAGGGCAAUGAGCCAGAGUCUGAGAGCAUCUUGGAGCGAUCAACGCCAAAGUUGUUGGCCAGCCUACUUUCUGAUCAAAGCCUCAGGAAUUUUCUGUAUUGUUCAGCAUUGUACUGUUUCCCAUCGCAGCCUGAGAGAGAGAGAGAGAGAGAGACCGCUCUCUGGGUCAGAUUUAUACGUCUCUUUGUCUUGGACUUCAAGGUCAAUCGAAGAUGACAUCUAUCUACUCCAAUUCAUCCCAGCUGCGCUUCAAUGAAAUAAUAAACUGGAUGACAACCUCCACGUUUCUGACAAAUCUGGAGAUGCCAAACUGGUUCAAACUUAUUUAUGUUUAAAAAAAACUGUAAAAGGUGACCAUUUGUAUUGAGUUGAGUGGAUUGAUUUGCUCUGCAAGAAGGUGUCACUUAAAACACUUCAAGGGUCUGAAGGCUGAU